AAGUUAAAGCAUUCAACUCUCAAGCUAGUUAAGAACAAACAUACACAAAAUAAGGAUUGAUUUAAAGAUGAAGAUGAGAUUCUUUCUUGUAGCUUCUAUGGUAAUAUUCUGUUUCCUUGGAAUUAGUGAAGGAGGCAGCCUCAGGAAGAAUUUCUAUAAGAAGUCAUGUCCUCAAGCUGAGGAGAUUGUUAAGAACAUAACCCUACAACAUGUCUCUUCAAGGCCUGAGCUGCCAGCCAAGUUGAUAAGAUUGCAUUUUCAUGACUGUUUUGUUAGGGGGUGUGACGCAUCGGUUUUGUUGGAGUCCACUGCUGGUAACACGGCGGAGAAGGAUGCCAUUCCUAAUUUAUCAUUAGCAGGCUUUGAUGUAAUAGAAGACAUAAAAGAAGCUUUGGAGGAAAAAUGUCCAGGAAUUGUUUCAUGUGCUGAUAUACUCACAUUGGCUACUAGAGAUGCUUUUAAGAAUAAACCAAAUUGGGAAGUGCUUACGGGUAGAAGAGAUGGUACUGUGUCCAGAAGCAUUGAAGCCCUAAUCAAUAUCCCGGCACCUUUCCAUAACAUCACACAGCUCAGACAAAUCUUUGCUAAUAAAAAGCUUACUCUUCAUGACUUGGUUGUAUUAUCAGGAGCACACACAAUUGGAGUAGGACAUUGCAACUUAUUCAGCAACAGGCUUUUCAACUUCACUGGAAAAGGUGAUCAAGAUCCAUCUCUAAAUCCAACUUACGCAAAUUUCUUGAAGACCAAAUGCCAAGGCCUAAGUGACACCACUACAACAGUCGAAAUGGAUCCUAAUAGCUCAACAACAUUUGACAAUGACUAUUAUCCUGUCCUUCUACAAAACAAGGGUCUCUUCACAUCAGACGCUGCUCUUCUAACAACCAAGCAGUCUAGAAACAUUGUUAAUGAAUUGGUUUCACAAAACAAAUUCUUCACUGAGUUUUCUCAGUCAAUGAAGAGGAUGGGAGCUAUUGAGGUUCUCACUGGUUCGAAUGGAGAAAUUAGAAGGAAAUACAAAUGGAUGAGAUUCUUUCUUGUAGCUUCUAUGGUAAUAUUCUGUUUCCUUGGAAUUAGUGAAGGAGGCAGCCUCAGGAAGAAUUUCUAUAAGAAGUCAUGUCCUCAAGCUGAGGAGAUUGUUAAGAACAUAACCCUACAACAUGUCUCUUCAAGGCCUGAGCUGCCAGCCAAGUUGAUAAGAUUGCAUUUUCAUGACUGUUUUGUUAGGGGGUGUGACGCAUCGGUUUUGUUGGAGUCCACUGCUGGUAACACGGCGGAGAAGGAUGCCAUUCCUAAUUUAUCAUUAGCAGGCUUUGAUGUAAUAGAAGACAUAAAAGAAGCUUUGGAGGAAAAAUGUCCAGGAAUUGUUUCAUGUGCUGAUAUACUCACAUUGGCUACUAGAGAUGCUUUUAAGAAUAAACCAAAUUGGGAAGUGCUUACGGGUAGAAGAGAUGGUACUGUGUCCAGAAGCAUUGAAGCCCUAAUCAAUAUCCCGGCACCUUUCCAUAACAUCACACAGCUCAGACAAAUCUUUGCUAAUAAAAAGCUUACUCUUCAUGACUUGGUUGUAUUAUCAGGAGCACACACAAUUGGAGUAGGACAUUGCAACUUAUUCAGCAACAGGCUUUUCAACUUCACUGGAAAAGGUGAUCAAGAUCCAUCUCUAAAUCCAACUUACGCAAAUUUCUUGAAGACCAAAUGCCAAGGCCUAAGUGACACCACUACAACAGUCGAAAUGGAUCCUAAUAGCUCAACAACAUUUGACAAUGACUAUUAUCCUGUCCUUCUACAAAACAAGGGUCUCUUCACAUCAGACGCUGCUCUUCUAACAACCAAGCAGUCUAGAAACAUUGUUAAUGAAUUGGUUUCACAAAACAAAUUCUUCACUGAGUUUUCUCAGUCAAUGAAGAGGAUGGGAGCUAUUGAGGUUCUCACUGGUUCGAAUGGAGAAAUUAGAAGGAAGUGCUCUGUUGUUAAUUAA